UAGUUGAAUAAAAAACUUUUAAGCAUAAGGUGGCAAAUAUUUUAAAAUUUUUGAAAUGUUUCAAUCAAAAUUAUGCAUUUUGUUGCAUAUUGUAUUGGUUUUUAUCUUAAUUACUUUAACUAAAGGAUGUCCAGAUGUUAACACAAAAGGAAAAACCAUAGAAAAAGAUUGGUGGGAAACAUCAUCCUUCUAUCAGAUAUAUCCGAGAUCUUUCAAAGAUUCGAACGGUGAUGGAAUAGGCGAUUUAAAAGGAAUAAAAUCAAAAUUACAACAUUUAAAAGAUAUUGGAGUAAACGCAACAUGGCUAUCACCAAUAUACAAGUCACCAAUGGUAGAUUUCGGUUAUGAUAUUUCAGAUUUUUACGAAAUUAAUCCUGAUUAUGGUACAAUGAAAGAUUUUGAAGAACUGAUUGAAGAAGCUAAAAAGUUGGGAAUAAAAAUUAUAUUAGAUUUUGUACCAAAUCAUUCAAGCGAUGAAAAUAUAUGGUUUCAAAAAUCUAUUAAACGUAUUGAACCUUACACUGAUUAUUAUGUAUGGCAUAAAGGAAAACCAAAUCCUGAUGGAGGUAGACCACUUCCGCCAAGUAAUUGGUUACAAGCUUUUAGAGGAAGUGCAUGGGAAUGGAAUGAAGAACGUCAAGAAUACUACUUACAUCAAUUUGAUAUAAAGCAACCUGAUCUUAAUUAUAGAAAUCCUGUUGUUGUUGAACAAAUGAAACAUGUUUUAAGAUAUUGGCUUAAUAAAGGAGUAGCUGGAUUUAGAGUUGAUGCAGUUCCAUGGUGUUUUGAAGUUGCACCUAAAAAUGGCGAAUAUCCUGAUGAACCUCCUAGUGGUUUCACUCAAGAUAAAGAGGAAGCAGCAUAUUUGAGUCAUAUUUAUACACAAGAUCAACCAGAAACAGUUGAUAUGGUUUUUCAGUGGCGUCAAUUAUUAGAUGAUUACCAAAGAAUUCACGGUGGCGACACACGUGUUUUAAUGAUUGAAACUUAUUCAUCACUCGAUAACGUUAUGAAAUUUUAUGGAACACGUAGCAUUAAAGGGGCUCAAAUGCCAUUCAAUUUUCAAUUCAUAUUGCAGGGAAAUAAAGACUCUUCAGCAAAAGAUAUCACAAAUAUAAUAAAGAGUUGGUUUAACAAUAUGCCUGGUGCUUAUACACCAAAUUGGGUGAUGGGUAAUCACGAUCAGAGACGUGUUGCUAGUCGCUAUGGUGUCGAUAAAAUUGAUACAAUGAAUAUGAUCUUAAUGAUAUUGCCUGGUGCUGCUAUUACAUAUAACGGUGAUGAAAUUGGAAUGAUUGAUGGUGAUAUUAAAUUUGAAGAUUCUAAAGAUCCUGCUGCAAUACGUGCUGGUCCCGAAAAAUAUCAAAAAUUCACAAGGGAUCCUGCCAGAACUCCAAUGCAAUGGGAUGAUUCUACAAGUGCAGGUGUCAAAGAUCCCAUUUUAUAAUUCUUACAAUUUCAAAAGUAUUUUUACUUACUUUUUCCAACAUUGAAUAUAGGUUUUUCAACAAGUGAAAAGACAUGGUUACCAGUAAAUCCAGAUUUUAAGGAAAAAAACGUUAAAACAGAGACCGCUACACCAAAAAGUCAUUUAAAUGUUUAUAAAUCUUUGAUUAAAUUACGUCAGCAAAAUACUUUGAAAUAUGGAACUGUUAAAUAUACAACUAUUGAUGAUAAUAUUUUAUUAAUUGGGCGGUAUCCAGUAACUGGAAAUAAUGAUGCAAUUUAUUUAUUGGUUGCCAAUAUAAAAAAUGAAAAAAAAAGUGAUGUUGAUCUGACAACAGCAAAUUUGAAUUUACCACAAUCAAUGAAAUAUGAAGUUGUUUCUGUUUCAUCAGGUCAUACAAUUGGGGAAGUCGCAAAUGUGAAGAAAUUUACUUUGGAGCCGUAUGAAUCAGUAAUAUUAAAGUCAAAUUAAAACUUUAAAAAAUUUUAAUCCUUUUGUAAAUAAAAAAUAAAGUUUUUCUCAUACAAUUUUUAUUCAAAUCGUAA